GUCUGGCACCGAAGAAGACAGCCAUCACUGAGGGACCAUCGCUACCGGGACAGCCUGGCCAAGGAAAGAAGAUAGGUCAUCGAGGCGUUGAUGCUUCUGGUGAAACCACCUACAAAAAGACCACCUCAUCCACUCUGAAGGGGGCCAUCCAGCUAGGGAUUGGAUAUACUGUCGGCAAUCUGAGCUCCAAGCCAGAGAGAGAUGUCCUGAUGCAGGACUUCUACGUGGUAGAGAGCAUUUUUUUCCCAAGUGAAGGAAGUAAUCUCACCCCGGCUCACCAUUACGCUGACUUCAGGUUCAAGACCUAUGCACCAGUGGCUUUUCGGUACUUCCGAGAACUCUUUGGGAUUCGUCCAGAUGAUUAUUUGUAUUCAUUAUGUAACGAGCCUCUGAUAGAGCUGUCGAACCCUGGUGCCAGCGGCUCCCUCUUCUAUGUCACCAGCGACGAUGAAUUCAUCAUAAAAACUGUGAUGCACAAGGAAGCUGAAUUCUUACAGAAGCUCCUUCCUGGCUACUACAUGAAUCUGAACCAGAACCCACGGACGCUGCUGCCGAAGUUUUACGGACUUUACUGUGUGCAAUCAGGGGGCAAAAAUAUCCGCGUGGUCGUGAUGAACAACAUUCUGCCUCGCGUGGUGAAAAUGCACCUGAAAUUUGACCUGAAAGGCUCGACCUAUAAACGCCGGGCAUCCAAGAAGGAAAAAGAAAAGUCCAGCCCUACAUACAAGGAUCUAGACUUCAUACAAGACAUGCCUGAGGGCCUGAUGUUGGAUGCAGACACCUUCAGUGCAUUGGUGAAAACGUUGCAACGAGACUGUCUGGUGUUGGAAAGCUUUAAAAUCAUGGACUACAGCCUCCUGCUUGGGGUUCAUAACAUAGACCAGCAAGAACGGGAGCGACAGUCUGAGGGAGCCCACAGCACGUCGGAUGAGAAGCGUCCCGUGGGGCAGAAGGCGCUUUACUCCACAGCCAUGGAGUCCAUCCAGGGUGGGGCUGCCCGGGGGGAGUCCAUAGACACAGACGACACGAUGGGAGGAAUUCCAGCAGUAAAUGGCAAAGGAGAGCGUCUCCUGCUGCAUGUAGGAAUAAUAGAUAUCCUUCAAUCAUACAGGUUCAUCAAGAAGCUAGAACAUACCUGGAAGGCCCUUGUCCAUGACGGGGACACGGUGUCAGUACACAGACCCAGCUUUUAUGCAGAGAGAUUCUUCAAAUUCAUGACCAACACGGUGUUUCGAAAGAAUUCCUCUCUGAAGUCAUCUCCCUCAAAGAAAGGGCGUAGUGCCUUGCUAGCUGUCAAGAUGGUUGGUCCAACGGCUGCAUUUUCAGCUAGCCAGCUUCCCUCUGAGAAGGACGAAACACAGUAUGAUCUUCGUGCAGCCAGGAGUUACCCCACACUUGACGAUGAAGGCAGGCCAGACCUGCUACCUUGCACACCUCCUUCCUUUGAAGAAGCUACCACGGCCUCCAUAGCCACAACGCUAUCUUCAACAUCUCUCUCUGUUCCUGAGCGAUCCCCUUCGGAGACCUCUGAGCAGCCCCGGUACAGGAGGCGCACACACUCCUCAGGGCAGGAUGGCAGGUCGCACGAGGAGGUGCGGGUUGAGGAGGAGCUUCAGCAGAUCAGCAUCGAGCUGGAGCCCAAGUGUGACGUUGAGAUCGUAGCUCCCGAAGAUGACAAAGAAGAGGCGGCUUCUUCAGCCUGUGCCAUUGUAACGUCCACAGCUACAAUAGAGGUGGAGACAGCCAGCCAGGCCUCUGAACCAGCCAGCCAGGCCUCGGAUGAAGAUGACGUGCCAGUCACAGACAUAUACUUUCCGACAGACGAGAGGAGUUGGGUUUACUCCCCGCUCCACUAUAGCGCUCAACUCCACUCUGUCUCCGAUGAGGAGAGCGAUACAUAAUCUCUAUGCAGACACAGAAGCCCCAGAGAGCAGCGAUUCCCUCUGCAGGUCGAUGUGUUCCCUUUUCGUUGAUGCAGCCGUUCCAGUGGGAUGGGGAAGAGCUUGCUGACACCAGUAUUGCUGCACUGCAGGAUCCCGGGCACUGCGUUUCAGAACGGAGCAAAACUAUAACCAUGUAUUUCUACUUACACCAGACGUGGGCAGCAAAGAAACCACCCACUCACCCGCAGCUCCCAACGGAGACAUCCAGCUGGGUGUAGAGAAUCCUGGGUAGUAACACAGUGUUUUCCAGACGUGCACUACCGUAGCUACCUAUCCAUGUGUGAUACUGUGAACCUUUUUAAUUUUUUAAUCAUGUAUUUAUUUCUUUUAUCUUUGCACAGAGACAGCACAAAUGUGCUUUUUUAAA